AUGGUCUGCCCAAUGACUGAGGGCACGGCCAUACCCCAGGCGACAAGGAAUAUGUUGCAGAGGUCUUUCAGCAAGACCUUGUGGGUGCUCACCAGGUACGACGAGCUACUCAGCCGGAGACCUAAGAGGGGCCAGGACCGCCGCGAAGCUGUCGAUGACGUGGUGCGGAAGUUCACAGAGGAGAUCCAGGAAGUGGACGCACACGCGCGGGUGUUCAAGCAGGCGGCCCAGGUCUUGAUGCCAGACGAGGAGUUCACCAACGGGGCGCAGAAGCUCUUGUCGGUGGAGGACGCGGUCUCCUGGCUGGAGGACAUCCGAGCGUGUGUCAAGGAGAGCUUCCUGCUGAUCCAGCAGGAGCAGCUCAUCCUCAGCAGUCAGUCUCGCCAGUGCGUCGACAUCGCCUCAGAGCUGCUUCAGGAGUACACAAGGCUCAGGGAUGGCACUCAAGGCAAGCUCGCCGCGAGCGACCACUACGUGCACGAGUUGCAGAUCGGCGCCGAGGACGCGUCGAAGUGCCUGGGGCGCGAGAUUCGCCAGGAGAUCGAGAACAUGAAGACCUCGGAGCUGGACCGUCUGUGCACCGAGGCCGCCGCCGAGGUCCGGAAGGAGAAGAGCCAGUUCCUGGUGCAGCAGGCCUACUUCGACGCCCUCCUCGCCGCGCUCGUGCCGAAGAUGGAGCGGGAGCUGCAGGGCCGCAUCGACGCCGCGAUGGAGCGCGCGAGGCAACGGCUCCUGGACGUGGUCCUCAAGCUCGUGCGGGACGCGGGCGUGGCGUGCGGCGAGCGCAGCGAGUCUGCGAGCCCCCUGAGCAUGGCGGCCCCCGACUCGCAGCACCUCCGCGCCAGGUACCCCGUGGAGUCCCUCGCCACGCUCACCACAAUCAUGUCCGGCGGCGUCGGUGCCGCGGCCCUGUCCGAGAGCGGCGCCGUUCUCCUCACACGCUCGGACUACGCGUGGGCGCAGCGGCAGUUUGGGGCUGGGUUGGAGUCGCGGUGGUAUCAUUUGCCGCCUUGGGCGUCGCCGUCAAGAACCUGA